AUGGUGGUCAUUGAGCCACUUGACGAUGAGUGCCGAGAAGACUCCGUCACAACGGGCCCAGCGGGACGCUCAAAGCGAAACUCUUCGCUGACUGAGAGUCAAGAUGAUGCUAAUGGCAAUCGGAAAAGUUCAGACAAAAAAACUCCACAGGUAGUUGAUGAUGAGGACGACCUGCAGAUUACCAGCUGCGGCAUCGGCUCCUGGCGACCGGAGUGGAUGCAGGUGCUGGCCAACACCAAGCUCUUCCUCAUCAACAUCUGCCUGAUUGGCGUCGUCCAGUCGAUGGCCGGCUCGGUGCAGUUUACGGUGAUGAACACGCUGGAGAAGCGAUUCGCCUUUGACUCAAAGAUUUCCGCCCUCAUCAACAUCGCCGACAACAUCAGCGUGAUGCUGCUCAGUCCAAUCGUCGGUUACUACGCCGUCCGCUUCAACCGCUCCAAGCUGAUCGGCACUGGCCAGCUGAUCAUCGCCACCUCCUGUCUCAUCUCCGCCUCGCCCUACUUCAUCUACGGUCCGGCGAAGCACUUCGUGGAGAGGUCUGCCCGACCAAGUGCACUUUCCCUCUUUCUGAACGUCACCUCAACUUCUUCCGCCACCACUUCCUCGGCCACCUUUUCUGGAGUAGGAGUUUGCGACACCAGUGAGGGGGCCGGUGAGCACUGCGAUCAGCACAGUCGAGGCUCCACCGUCUGGCCGGCCGUCUUUCUCUUUGCCCUCGGUCAGCUGGUUCGGGGCAUUGGCAAUUCAGUGUACUACAUCGUGGCGAUGCCCUUCAUGGACGACAAUGUUCCCAAGAAGUCCAGUCCGAUGUACAUUGCCAUCAUGCAGACGGUGAUGCUGAUUGGACCCGGCCUAGGACUGGUGCUCUUCUCCUUCUGCCUCAAACUGAACGAGGAUCCCUGGUUCGAUCCUGGCUUCGACCGCGCCGACCCUCGCUUCAUCGGCGCCUACUGGCUCUGCUACCUGGUGGUGGUGGUCCUCAUACUGCUCAUCGCCUCGCCCGUCUUCCUCUUCCCCGGCCGCUUCAAGGGCGCCACCGUGAAGGGCGAGGGGAUCAGCAAGCAGCUGACGGCGAGCGGCGGCGCCCGCCAGGCCCUGCGCCGCUUCCUCAGCAAUCCCCUCAUACUGCUGUUCGUGCUGGGCAAUGCCACCCGCUACUCGGGCAUCAUCGGCUUCUACAUGUUCUACCUGAAGUACCUGGAGACGACCUAUCGCAUCAGCGCCGCCGCCACCAGCCGCUACCUGGGCGUCGCCAGCCUCCUCCCGAUGGCCAUUGGCAUGCUCUGCGGCGGCUGUAUUCUCACCCGCUUCAAGCCAAAGGCGAAGGCCUUCUUCAUCUUCAUCUUCCUCGUGGAGUUCGUGUCGGUGUUCACGCUGGGCAGCGGCCUCUUCCUCUCCUGUGAUCCGAUUCGCCUGCGAGGACAGUCGGUGGAGGACACCGGCGCUGGCAUAUACGCCCUAAAUGAGAGCUGCAACGCCGACUGCCACUGUACGACACGCGUCUUCAGCCCCCUCUGCGACCGCUCCACCGGAACUACCUACUUCUCGCCCUGUCACGCCGGCUGUACUAGCAGCUUUAACUCUACCCUAAGCAGUGACGGAGUGGCCAGCACCAUCUACCGAAACUGUUCCUGUCUCGCCUCAUCACUUCUCCCCCUUAUCAACUCAUCAACGCAAAGCAAUCAAUCUAGUCUGUCACAAUCUAGCGUGUCAUCGUUUCUGGCCGAGGCGAUCAGCGGCUACUGUCCGGCUGAUGUGGACCGCUGCUUUCCAACGCUGAUCAAAUUCAUCGCCAUCAUGGUGGCGGGAAAUAUGAUUGCGCAGACCUCAACGACCGGCAACUUUCUGAUCAACUACCGAGCCGUGGAGCCGAUGGACAAGUCCUUUGUCAGCGGCAUCAUCGGCACGCUCAUCUCCCUUCUUUCAUUUAUUCCUGUGCCGCUGCUCUACGGACACAUUGCCGACUCGUCCUGUUUGGUUUGGGAACGAAAGUGCGGAAAACAGGGCAACUGCUGGGUGUACGAUAAUGAUCGUUUCAGGAAUGUUCUCUUUGGAACGACAAUCAUUUUUCUUUCGCUUGGUAGCUUUUUUGACUUUUUGAUGAUUUUCUUUUCACACCGACUGAAAAACAUCUACGAUGAUGAAGAUGACAAAACAGAGACAAAUGGUGAACUAAAUUCAAACAUUGUUGUUGAAAAAACGGCAGAUGAUUUUGCAAUGGACAUUGUCAAAAAUGAAAAGCAAUAA